CCUCCCCUCCCGUCCGGCCGCCGCCACCAGCACCAGCACCGCCGCCGCCUGGGGGUAGGUUGAGGCGGACGGUGGGGUUCGGGCCGGAGUGCGGCGCCGCCGUUGCGCGAAGGGGAAGCGGGCAGGAGUGAAGCUUCAAGGAAGAGCUUAGAAUUUCCCCUAAGGCCAUUGGGGACAUUUGGGCCAGGCCUCAAAGUAUGUGGAAAACUGCCAGGAGAAGACAAGGGAGUGGACAAGUCAGACAAUGGGUAAGAAGAGUCGAGUAAAAACUCAGAAAUCAGGUGCUGGAGCUACAGCCGCUGUGUCGCCGAAGGAAAUCUUGAACCUGACCAGUGAGCUGUUGCAGAAAUGCAGCAGUCCUGCACCCGGCCCAGGAAAAGAAUGGGAAGAGUACGUGCAAAUCCGGUCUCUAGUUGAGAAGAUACGAAAAAAGCAAAAAGGUCUGUCUGUUACUUUUGAUGGGAAAAGAGAAGAUUACUUUCCUGAUCUAAUGAAAUGGGCCUCUGAAAAUGGGGCUUCUGUCGAGGGUUUUGAAACGGUUAACUUCAAAGAAGAGGGCUUUGGUUUGAGAGCAACAAGAGACAUCAAGGCAGAAGAAUUAUUUUUAUGGGUUCCACGAAAGUUACUAAUGACUGUUGAAUCUGCUAAAAAUUCAGUAUUGGGGCCCUUAUAUUCUCAAGACCGAAUUCUUCAAGCCAUGGGAAAUAUAGCCCUGGCCUUCCAUCUGCUGUGUGAGCGAGCCAACCCCAACUCCUUCUGGCAGCCCUACAUCCAGACCCUCCCCAGUGAGUAUGACACUCCUCUCUACUUUGAAGAAGAAGAAGUUCGGUGUCUGCAAUCAACUCAAGCUAUCCAUGAUGUCUUCAGCCAGUAUAAAAACACAGCACGGCAAUAUGCUUAUUUCUAUAAAGUCAUCCAGACCCAUCCUCACGCCAACAAACUGCCCUUGAAGGACUCUUUCACUUACGAGGACUACAGGUGGGCAGUCUCUUCUGUUAUGACACGGCAAAACCAAAUUCCCACGGAGGAUGGUUCCCGGGUGACCCUGGCCCUGAUUCCUUUAUGGGACAUGUGCAAUCAUACCAACGGCCUGAUCACCACAGGGUACAACCUGGAAGAUGACCGCUGCGAGUGCGUAGCUCUGCAGGACUUCCGGGCUGGAGAGCAGAUUUACAUUUUUUAUGGCACUCGGUCAAAUGCAGAGUUUGUGAUCCACAGUGGCUUUUUCUUUGACAAUAAUUCACACGACAGAGUGAAAAUAAAGCUGGGAGUGAGUAAGAGUGACAGGCUGUACGCCAUGAAGGCCGAGGUCUUGGCUCGCGCUGGCAUCCCAACCUCCAGUGUCUUUGCGUUACACUUCACUGAGCCUCCCAUCUCUGCCCAGCUUCUGGCUUUUCUCCGAGUAUUCUGCAUGACUGAAGAGGAAUUAAAAGAACAUUUGCUUGGAGACAAUGCCAUCGACAGAAUCUUCACCUUGGGGAACUCUGAAUUUCCUGUCAGCUGGGACAAUGAAGUCAAACUUUGGACAUUUCUGGAAGAUAGAGCUUCACUUCUUUUAAAAACAUAUAAAACGACAAUUGAGGAAGAUAAGAUCGUCUUGAAGAACCCAGAUCUUUCUGUCCGUGCAACAAUGGCCAUCAAGUUACGCCUAGGUGAGAAGGAAAUUUUAGAAAGAGCUGUGAAGAGUGCAGCUGUCAGCCGGGAGUACUACCGCAAACACCUGGAGGAGAGUGCCCCACUCCCCCGACACGAGGACAGUGACCUGGGGCUGUUGGAGGGUGGUGUGGGGGACUCGAGCCUCCCGAGCCUCCCGCUGGUCUUAAGAAACCUAGAGGAAGAGGCCAGUGGGCAGGAGGCCUUCAGCCUCAAGGAAGCAGUCAGCAAAGCCAAGGCUGCUGAAAACGGGCUCAUCAAUGGAGAAAACUCUGUCCGCAAUGGGACCAGGUCUGAGCGUGGAAACUUAACUCCAGAGGAGAGCGGGAGAACAACUGCAGACGCCGAAGGCUCCUCAGGCCGCACCGAGGAGAGGAAGAGCAGCUCAGAGGCCUGCACGCUCCACUCCGGGGGAAAUCCAGUUGAGCAGAAGUUUUGAACAGUCCACUUACAUUGCUGUGUUCCUUGUUAACAUUUUUCUUUCUGCAGAGAGGAAAAUAUGUUUUUGCUGCUUUAUAUAAAAAUGAUUUUUUAAGUUAUUUUAAAGAUCUAGCUUCCCUUUUUGAUUAAGAUUGCCAUCUUGUUUCUAAGCAACCCAACGGACAGAGGGGAAGAGGUACCUGGGAUGAGUUUUGGGGCCCUUGUGUUUUCUUCUGGGGCAGAGUUCAGCUUGUCCCUCAGCUGUGUUUUGGUGGACCGGUCAUCCUGACAACUGGAAUGAAAGCUGGCUCUGCCCUCAGAGCUUAUGGUAGGACUCUGGUGUUCAGCGAACGUGGGACAAGGCGCCACAGAAAGCAGGGCUGAGAGUAGGAAGCUACAUGUAGAGUCUGGGCAAAAUCUUAUUUUUUUUUCUCCUUAAAAAAAUAAUACCCCAGUACCAAAAGGUAAGGUGGCAACCUUAUUUUUAAUAGUUUAAAACAUUGAUGAUAAUCCUAAUUAUAUAAAUAUAUACACACAUAUAUCUAGUGGUCUCUAAAGAUUUGUUUACUUUUUUUUGUGUUUUGUUUUGCUGUAUUAAAAACUUGUCCUUUUCCUUAAAUCAAAGUAGGGCACACAUCCUCUGCCUAAUUUUAAAUGUUGGCUCUGAUUUCAAAGCUGUGCGUUGAUCCAGUGUGGACCGUGGAGUGUGCAGACCCAGCAGCCAGCCCCCAGCUUUACGAGUGGUUCAGGGUGAGGUGGUUCCCAGGCUUUGCUGGUUUUCACAAGCUAGAGGUUUUCAAAGCCAUCCUUUUGAGUAAAAACCCUUAUUAAAAGGAAAACAUGAUUACCA